AUGGAUGCCUUUACUCCCAAAGCCGGCUACGGUCAAUACCUUGCGCAUUCUUUCAUCGGCGUCCCUCAAGUCACCCGUCUAGACGAGCACCGUGUAUUGAAAGAGAGCCGACAUGACCGUCGCGAAAUCGAUACCAUGCGGUUUAUUGCGGACAACACAAGCAUCCCCGUGCCAAAAAUCUACAACACCAGGUUUGAUGAGGAGAAGCACAUCUCGUACAUCGUGAUGGAGUACAUAGACGGUGAACCGCUGAACAAAGCGUGGGCGGAUUUAAACCGUGAUCAGAGAAUAUCCACCUGUCAUCAACUAGCUGAAUACCUCACCCAACUGCAAAUGUUAACGGGCGAGCGAAUUGAAGCCAUGAACAGCUCGACUGUCCGCGUCGGCCUGACCGAGUCACGUUGGGGGGGGCCUUUCGACAGCGAAAAGGAGUUUAAUUACUUCCUGACGCAAGGUGUUCAGCGGCAUGAUCUAACUGACAAUCAUGCGAUCCAUUUUGCCCAUGGCAAUCUAAAUCCCAGGAAUAUCAUGGUCAACAAGCGCGGCCGUAUCACUGCCAUACUUGACUGGGAGUGGGCUGGGUGGUUCCCACAGUACUGGGAUGUUGUCCGAAUGCUCUUGGAUAUCCCGGGGAAGAGGCAGAUGCCAAAUUAUGCUGAGCAUCUUCAGGUGACUUUGCCAUACUUGUACAAGGAAGAAUAUUUGGCAAUGCUGGAUGUGUUUGGAUUAAAAUCUUCAGGUCCUCGUGCAACUCCUCUUCAUGCCACCUCUCGUUCCAUGUAA